CACUGAGGCCGUGAACAUCCUGUUCAGAGUUACUUCUCGAUAAUAGCUAUAUUGAAUAUAAGUUAGUGGCGUUUGACGGCACAUCAACAAUGGAGGAGGGAAAGCGUAGAAGUGACUGCCCGCUUUUAGUCGUGGAUUUCCAUGACAAAAAAUUCGUGUCAAGCCUCCGUGAUCUGAUCCAGAACUUUGACAAGGCCACGACGCAAGAGUUAUUCAUUCUUGUAAUAUGGAAUUCGACAGACAUUGACUUGAGAUCGGUCAUGCGGAUAAAGAGUCAUCACUUAAUCCGCAUCACUCAAUCACACACGCGCUUCUUGAACAGCCAAGGCGAUGCUGCUAAGAUGAUUAACCAUUGGACCCCAGCGUGUGUAGUUCUUGUCGAUGGCGGAAUAUCAUUUGGACCGAAAGAGCUUCAUUAUUUUGUUGAGAAGUUCAGAGAGUACGAAUCCACAAUGAUACUCUGUAGCCAAGGUCUCAGACUCUUCCCCCAUAAACCGUUUGCCGACACGACAGCUUUCUGGACCAGUGGACGGUAUAUAGAGUAUUACAACAAGGGUCAAACCGAUCGGGAAGUCCACUUGUUCGUGCAGAACAGGGGGUGUACUUUGUUUCCAACACUUGUCUUGACCCAGUCUUUAAUUUCAAGUGAGCAAUUUUCCUCACGUGAAAAAUGGGACAAUAUUGGAGAUUUCCAAAUAUCUUUAAUUGCUCAGCAGAAAAUGAAAACCCAUAUUUGGAAGGUACAAUUAAAUAUAAAUGAUGGAAACAAUACAGAUUAUUUUCCUAGCUUCCCGACUUACGUUCUAGAAGAACUGGGUGACUUUUAUCAAAGACUCAGACGAACUUGUUGGCCAGAUGGGACAUUUUGGCCUAUUUUGCCAAAGGAGUCGAUAGGCGUCCGUAGUAAAUCUAAAAUAUGGUCAGAGGGCAUUCACGGUCUGAACAUGAGCGCUGAACCUGUUCCCCUCGAUUUUGACGCUGCGCGUGCCUACGGUACCAGCGUUGUCAGAUUCGGCGCUACCAAUGAUGCCAAGGAUUUAGGUUUCCUGAUCAAUGACAUCCCAGAUGGAAAUUUAGAGACAGACAGAGUUCAUUUGGAGUUGUCACUGGAACGCCUGAGGAAUUCCGUCAUAUCGGCUGGAGAGAGUGGACUUAAGGUGAUCUUGACCCUGUGUGACUUACCUGGGCGUCGGUUUAGGGAUAGCACUGAUGACAGGAUGUGGCAGUCCGAGAAGUGCAGACAACGCAUCGCCAAUCUUUGGGGAUCAAUUGCUGAAGGUCUUGCAGACCUCAGUGACUUUAUUGUAGGUUUUGACAUCAUAAACGAGCCAUUCACACCAGAUGACAAGGAUCUCAGUUUCUACUGUGACAUGUCUCCCUCAUAUAAGGACAAGUUGCACGACUUGUACGUUAGAGCAUUAAAGGCUAUCCGAGCAGUUGACAAAGAAACCAUGGUUAUUGUUGAGAGCAGUUUCUGGGCGAGCCCCCGAACGGUUCCGUUCAUCACACCUCUUGAUGACCCUCACGUAGUUUACUCUUUUCAUUUCUACGCUCCAAGUUUGUACACUUUCCGUCAUGAAAAUCAUGGACAAUUUUCAUACCCUGGAAAAGUGCCAAAAUGGAGGAAAGAUAAGUGGGCUGACGCCUGGCCCGUGUGGAACGAACACAAAAUAAGAGAAGUCAUUCAGCCUGUGGUAAAAUGGCAGAAAGAAAACAGUAUCCAAUCUAGCAUGAUUUUCGUGGGAGAGUUUGGUGUGUCACGGGAGGUUCCAGGCGCUCUCCAAUAUCUACUAGACACCAUGAAUAUGUGGGAAGAGAAUGGCUGGAGUUGGUGUCUGUUCUCUUUUAGAGAUAAUGAAUGGGAUGCCAUGGACUACGAGCUUGGAGAGAACAAAACCAAUCAAAUAGAUAGAAAGCCAUCUGAAAUGAUGAAAACAAUAGCCAAAUACUUAUAUUAGCAUGUCCUUCCUGUCUUUUAAGCAUCCACUACAGCGUUAUAAGUAGUAUAGAUGAUAACAGGAAAAUGAAAGAAACAAAUGUAUGUUUGUUCUUAUGGAAUGGGCAAUGUGAUAUAGCCCAUAAUUCUUUAAAUCCUUAUGGUCAUAUUGUUUGUAGUACGAAACUCUGAUGUAGCAACAUGUGAACUAUAAAAACUGCGA